AGCGCGCCCGCACAGUGUACAAAUCUGAAAGUGAAGUGCGGACAUUUGGAUUCAGCCUUAACCUCCGUUCUCCCCUCUGCUCCCGCAAGCUGUCAUUUCAGACGGGAUCGUCGUGUCCUCCUCCAGCCCAUUCAUCUUCAGUCACCCAGAUUUGCUGUUCUUCGUCAUGGAUGAUUUUGUUCGGAACAAAUUAACUGAAUGGGAUCUCAGUGAGUGGAUAGAAACAUUUCGAGCUCAACGCAUUGACAAGAAAAAUCUUUACUGUCUUGGUCAUCAAGAAAUCACUGACUUGAUCCCAAUAGUGGGACCCAGGGCAAGAUUCAAGAGAGAACUAGAGUUGUUAAAGGGGGAACAAAACACAACAAAUACAGAAACAGUUGAUUCUCCUGCUCAAGUUCGUCCAUCCACUAGUGCUUCAAGUGAUAAAGUGAAGAGAAAGUUGGAUCUUCAGGGCGAGUCCAGCAAAUGGCAAUCACCAACCAGAAAAAAACGAUGUGAACCUAGACUGGGGUCAUACUCAGAAGGCAUUAUACUGUCUGAUGUGAAAAACAUCAUGGGAUUUGUCCAAAACAGACUACCAGACCAAGACAACAAGCUCCAUCAGUUCCUAAAGAAGAAAAUUGGUGAUUUGGAGAUCGACAAGAGGGAGCUGGUCGGUGUCUUUGGUAAAACCGGGGCUGGAAAGAGCACUCUGAUAAAUACCAUGAUUGGAGAGAAGAAUCUCUUGCCUAUUGGGAGGGUCAAAGCAUGUACCACAGUCCUGAUUAAAGUGGAGGCUAACAUGCAGGACCAAAAAUAUGAGGCAGAAAUUGAGUUCAUUACAAAAGAGGAGUGGAAAGAUGAGUUGUGGUCCUUGUUAAAUUUCCUUGGGGAUAAUGCUGAUCAGGAAGAUGAACAGGAAGAUGAACAGGAAGGUGAUCAGGAAGAUGGUGAGGAUCAGGACACUGUUGACAAGCUGUCAGCGCUGUAUGGAGCAGAAUGGAAAGACAAAACCCCUGAAAACCUCAUGGAAAACAAGUAUUUCAAAGAAGUUCCUGAAUUUCUCCAAUCAAAGAGAAAGCUUUUGACAUCUGAAUCAGCUAACUUCAGCCUACCUGCUCGGCUCACCACCUGGCUCCAGGUCUCAUCGUCUCCGCCAUGCUCCACAAUGUGGGUCAGCGGGGUCUAUGUGUCGGCUAUUCUGGUGUGGACUGUCUUGUUGCUCCUCCAUCUUCCCGUGGAAGGACUCCUCCAGUACUCGGCGGCAGAGCUUCUCAGGCUCCGCUCCCAACAGUCUGGAUCUCCACCGGCAGCUCUGCACCUCCAUCCGGACAUCGUCCUCCUGCCUCGUCGGAAGUACAUCCACCGCGGGUCUCGGCGGGGAUUCCACUACGGCGGUUCCAAGGGGAUUGCCUCCUUUUGGUCCUCCACUCGCCACCCACCCAGAAACACCGGCCGGUCUGUGGACCACAGUCUCACCCCCUCCAACUGUACUGCUGACAAACUUCACAUUACGGACCAUUUCCUCCUCUCUUUUAACGUCACCCUCCAGCUCUCUAUCUCCAAACCUCUCCGUAUCAUCUCAUACCGCAAUAUUAAGAACAUCAACAUGGACUCCCUCUCCUCCUGCAUCACCACCCUGACUCCAGACCCCACUUCCACCCCCGAUGAUCUCGUCACACAGUACAAUAAUGGACUCUCCAACAUACUCAACACACUUGCUCCUGUCAAAUCCCACUCUGUCUCCUUUACCCGGUCUGCCCCCUGUUUCACCCCACAUCUCCAUUCCAUGAAAUCCCAAAAUCGACUGCUUGAAAGACUCUUCAGGAAAACCAGUCUCAAUAUCCACAAAAACAUCUACUUAGCUCAGUUAACUCUCUAUAAGGACUCCAUUUCUCAUGCCAAAUCUCAAUACUACUCUGGACUCAUCUGCUCAAAUGCUGGAAACACCAAGACUCUCUUCUCCGUUUAUAACAGAAUCAUUCAACCCCCAGACUCCCUACCCCCCCACAUGUACUCCUCAGACACCUGGCCCCUGGUGAAGUGUGUGACUGUGAGGGUGCCUAACAAUGAUCUUCUCCAGCAUGUCACACUUGUGGAUCUUCCUGGAAAUGGGGACCGUAACAAGAGCAGAGACAAGAUGUGGAAAGGGGUUGUUGGAAGUUGCUCUACUGUGUGGAUUGUGACUGAAAUGAAACGAGCAGCAGCAGAGGAUGAAGCCUGGGACAUCCUGAAAAGUACCUGUAGCCUCAUCGGAAAUGGUGGCGAGUGUCAGCGCAUCCACUUUAUCUGCACCAAGUCUGAUGAAAUUGGAGUUUUGGAUGAUCGUUCAACAAAUGCUGUUCGUGCUCGCAUACUUCAAGACAACAUGCAAGCCAAGGACACAGUGAACAAAGAUUUCAGAAAACUCAAGGAGGUUAAGAAACAUUUCAGUGAUGAAUGUUUCAAAGUCUUCACAGUGAGCUCACAAGAGUUUCUUCAGCAACAACAUCUAACGCCAGAGGAAACUGAAAUACCCAAACUUCAGGAAUUUCUGCAAGAGCUCAAUGACUGUCACUCAGAGACAUUAAACUAUGUGUCAGGAGCUCAUGGGAUCCUCUCUCUGAUUCAAGGGGCCAGAAGUAGAGCAGGGGCUGACAGAAACACAGAUGUGUGCAGAGAGCUGGAAGAAAAGAUGAAGCAGGAAAUUAAAAAAAUAAGACAGCCCAUGCAGAAGACUUAUGACACCUUUGAAAGAUGCCUCACUGAGGGGGUUGCAAAAUCCAAAAGUUCCUGGGAAAGGCUCUUGAAGUCGGUCCUAAAGCCUAAAAUGAAGGGGAGCGCUUUUCACAGGAUACUGAGGUGUGUAGUUCAGAAUGGCGGCACUCACCAAAGAAAGAAAAAACCCCCAAUAAACCUCAAUAUGAAGUUAACUUCAUGCCUGACUGACAGCAUUGAUGAGGAAUUCAAGAAGACCUUCCCAAAUGAAGCAAAACGUGGACCAUUCAACGGGAUCAUCAACACGUUUUCACUUGAAACAGAGAGGCUGAUGAGAGAGAGGCAAGAGUACAAAGAUGUCGAACUGCAACUGAUAUUUCUCAAGACAGAGGAAGAAAAAAUUAAGACAAAACUUGACAAAAUCAUCCGGGAGCAAAAGAAAAUCAUCUACAAGAGUCUGAUGGAGACAAUCGAGGAAAACAUGCAAGAAUGCUAUAAAAAAGCAGCAGAAAUUAGAGGAGGAGGCUCGCUGAAAAACAUGAGGAGCACUAUUGAGAACCAUGUACGAGAUUCAAAGGACAUCAUAUUUCAGAGGGCGAAAAACGUUAUGUUGGAGCAGUUGGAAAACUUGAUGGUGCUGAUCCUGGGGGAACUGAACACAAUGCAGGAAUCAAUCGAGCUGUCACUCAAUACAGAUGGUGACUCAAUCCCAGACGUGUCAGUGGAGUUCCAGAUGGUGAAGGACCACUAUGAUGAACUGAUGAAAAGCCCAAUUGAAGCACCACCACCGAUGCGUGCUGAUCCACCUGUCCCAGCAACCCAUUCAUGACGUGUGCAUAGGUUUGCUCAGUGGAGAGAAUCAGCAGAUGCCUGAUCACCCACUGAAGGUCCCUGUGGGCACACAGAUCCCUCAGAGACAUGACACCUCUGGAUUUGAUCUCAACCAUUUUUGUCAAGUUAUCGUAUCCCUGUUCUUUUUGAGUUUUUAAUGUACUUUGAGUUUGCUUGUUGUUGUGUAUUACAUGCAGAGAGACAUUUUUGCUUUCAAGUGAUUAUAGAUCAGAGGCAGACAGAAAAUGUGGGGAGAAGGGUGGAGGGAGCUGGAUUCAAACCAGAGAUGUAAGCCCCUUUUCCACCGAGCAGUACACUACAGUUCAGUUCAGUACGUGUUUUUUAUCGUUUCCACUGUGAAAAGUUGUGGAUGGUACCAAUGGAACCGUUCUGUAC